UAUUUGCUGAAAAUAUUUUUUCUAGUCUUUUGUUUGCUUUUUGUCAGUGAAUUUGUGUUUGAUUUUUAUGUAGGCAAGUCUGUGCUUCUUUUCUUUUAGAAUUUUAAAGCACAAAAGAUGUUACUUCUAGAGACUGACACAUUUUCUUUUUUAAAAAUAUAUAACGUACAUAUUUUGGGGAUACAUGUGAUAAUUUGAUACAUUCCUAUAAUAAAAUCAGGGUAAUUGGGAUAUCCAUCACCUUAAAUAUUUAUCUUUUCUUUAUGAUAGGAACAUUUGAAUUAUUGUCUUCUAGCUAUUCUGAAAGUAUGACAGAUUGAUAUAAACUAUAGUCACCCGACUGAUCUAUAGAACAUCAGGUCCUAUUUCUUCUAAGUGUAUAGAGAAACUUUCAAUUGUGUUUUAUUUUUUCUAUGCUUUUAUUUUUAUAUAUUUAAAUAUAAAAUGAUGUCAAGCUAACUUCUGUGUGCUUCAAAUGGGUUGUCUAAAUUUCAGAUAUAGAUGUGGCAGAUUGCUAGCUAGUAAGUCCCAACCAUUUGUUAAAUGUUUCCCAUUCCUUGUGAUGAAUCCUUUGUCAUAUAUUAUGUUCUUGUAUGUAAUGACAUUUACUUCUGGUUAUUAGUUCUAAUCUAUUGCUCUUAUUGUAACAUUGCUUAUUUACACCAAAAUACGUAUUAAGUAUCUGUGUUUUGUAAAUUAAAACUUGUGAUUACUUAGUUUCUUUUUUACGUUCUAUUUUUAUGCAUCACAAAUUUGAAAAUUGGAACUCAUCUUGGGCUAUGGGAAUGGUCUGAACAGGCUAAGUCAGACAGCUUGUUAUCAAAGUUGAGGCUAGCACUGUAUUUACUACAAACACCAUUCAUGAUAGAUACAUCCUUUCUCUCUUUUGCUGUUUUUUUCCCCUUUAAUUUUGUAUUAACUUAAGGGGCACAAGUGCAGUUUUGUUACAUGAACAUAUUACAUACUGGUGAAGUCUGGGCUUUUAGUGCAACUGUCACCUGAAUAAUGUACAUUGAAUCCAUUAAGGAACUUCUCGUUCCUCACUCUCUCCCACCCUUAAAACCCUUCUGAAGUUGUUGCCUUCUCUUCCCGGUUCUUCCUGGAGUCGGGAGAAGCUGGGUUGAGAUGGCCAAAGAAAAAAAACCCUUCUGAGUCUCCAGUGUCUAUCAUUUCACAUUCUGUGUCCAUGCAUACACAUUAUUUAGCUCUGACUUAUUAGAGAGAAAUACAGUAAUUAACUUUCUGUUUGAGUUAUCUCACUUAAGAAAAUGGCCUCCAGUUCCAUCUGAGUUGUAAAAGACAUGAUUUGUUGUUUUUUAUGGCUGAGUAGUGUUCCAUUGUGUAUAUAUGCCACAUUUUCUUUAUCCAAUCAUUUGCUGAUGGAAACUUAGGUUGAUUCCAUAUCUGUGCUAUUGUGAAUAGUGCUAUAAUAAACAUACGAGGGAAGGUGUCUUUUGGAUAUAGUGAUGUUUUUUCCCUUUGGGUUUCUACUCAGUAGUGUGUAGGGUAUUUGGGUAGAUACCAGUAGUGGAACUGCUGGAUCAAAUGGCAGUUCUAUUUUCAGUUCUUUGAGAAAUCUCCCAUGCUGUUUUCCAUAGAGGUUGUACUGAUUUACAUUCCCACUGGCAGUGUAUAAGUGUUACCCUUUCUCCACAUCCUUGCCAACAUCUGUUAUUUUUUGACAUUUUAGUAACAUCUGACUGGUGUAAGAUGAUAUCUCCAUGUCAUUUUAAUUUGCCUUUCUGACUAUUAGUGAUGUCAAACAUUUUUCAUGUGCUUGUGGGUCAUUUAUAUGUCUUCUUUUGAAAAAUGUCUGUUCAUAUCCUUUGCCCACUUUUGAAAGGAGUUAUUUAUGUUUUGUUGUUGUUAAGUUGAGUUCCUUAUUGAUUCUGGAUUUGAAUACAUAGUUUGUAAAUAUUUUCUCUUAUUCUGUAGGUUGUCUCUUUCUUUUUGCUGUAAGAAGCUUUACUGUUUGUCCCAUUUUUCUAUUUUGUUUUUGUUGUAUUUGCAUUUGAGGUUUUAAUCAUGAUUUCUUUGUCUAAGGUAAUGUCCAGAAGAGUUUUCUGAUAGGUACUCAUUUAAAAAUGUAUGUACUCGUCUUUUAGUACUCUCAAAGUCAGCUUUACGUCAUGAAUGAUGAUGUAUUCAGUAGUGCAUUUAGCUCACAGCUAUAGAUGUGUAAAAGGGAGCUUGUGUUGCAUUGUUGUAAUCUUUCAAACUUCACGGUUAUAUAGUUUAAUAUAACAAUGUAAUCUAAGUAUUAGUUAUAGGAAAAAGUUCUGUUACUGACAUUUUGUUAAUUGGAAAAAUUAACAAUUGUUAAUUGUGCAUGCAUGUGGUUGCGUGCAAGCGUGCAUGCACACACACCUGUUUCCUGCUAAGGAGUGGGAUUGGGGGUGUGUGCAAGGGAAUAGGACUUUGGCAAGCCGAGGCAAUUCACAAAUGUAAUUUUUCAGUAGAUAUAAGGAAGAAGUCAUGGCAUGGGUGUUUGAGGGUGAUGGCUUGAUCAGCAUCAUAAAUGCUCAUCAGAUAUGGCCAAUAACAACAACCAUUAUGUAACAUAAUCCUAGGGGUUCCUAUGAUAUACCUUAAGGCCAUAUCAUCAUUGAUAGAACCAAAAGUUUUUUUUCAGAGGUUGCUUUAAAGAAUAAUUAGUAAUUUUCUCAAACAAUUUGAAAUUCAGAUAUUAUCACAACUUAGAUGUACUGGCAUUCACAGAAAUUAGGCAACAGGUGUUUUUUUUUCUUUUUUGGAGAUGGGGUCUCACUAUGCUGCCCAGGCUGGUCUUCAAUUCUUGGCCUCCAGUGAUCUCCUACCUUGGCCUCCUAAAUUGCUUGGAAUCCAGACGGAGACACCACACCUGGUUAAUUACCAGUUUUUAACUCUUGCUAUUCAUUUGAUGUGAACUAUUCCCAUGUAGAAAAUCACUCUGCUUUGUAGAGAGCUUUAGCAUUCCCAAAGCACCUUUCACAUCUUGUAUAUGAUGCUUACAACAUACCUGUGAGGCAGGUAUUUACAUGAGCUACAGUUUACAAACAGUACAGCCUAGUUGUAGAGAAUAAGAAGUGCCCCCAGGAAAGAAUAAGUUCCUUUUUCUAUCAGAUUUGUCAGAGUUCUCCCAGAUGUAUUCCUCAGGGCUUUCUAUAAAAUUAAAGCAAACAGAAUCACUGUAAUUAUAAUGGCAUUCCAUCUGCCCAUGAUUAUUCAUGUUUAUAAAGAUUGGUAAUAUGACUAAGUUUGAAAUAUGCCCCAUUGAGGAAUGUUUUUAUUUGCUUUAAUUAAUUAUCAGUUAUUAUACAUGCAUUUUAAAUACGUGACAUAAUGAAGAAUGCUUGAGCCAUUCAUUUUAUUCAUAUAGAGAAUUUUUUUUCCUUUUGAGAUCUAUCCAGGAAACCAGCUCAUGAGUUUAACCAUUAUAUAGUUUUCCUAUUGCUGUCUGCCUGUGGGUUAGGUGAUUUAUUAUAGAAAGCAACUUAAAAGGGUCCCAUGUCUAUUUGACUCAGCCCUACCAAAAAGCACACAUAAUUUCAUAGAUCAGGCUGCUCAAGUUCCCUCCUGCCUUUAGAAAAUUUCAGGCUACUCUUACUUCUAUUACAUUUAGCCCCUCUUACUGAAUUUCUAGUUUUCAUUGGGGCUUUAUGGCUGUUUCUCAUGCAGCCUAAAUAUUCACUGACAUGACUUUUCUGAGAAAUUAGGGAAUUUGCUUAUGGACUUUGCGAAGUAGGUCUCAAGAUGAAUUAAGAUAUUAAAGAGCUCAUGAAGAUGGACAUGUUUUGUUUUUCGCAUUUCUGGUGAACAUUGGCUUUAAGGUAAUGCUUAAUGCUAACUUAAAAUAUAAACGCCAAACAAAAUAAGCCCAAGUCCAGAUGGGUUCACAGCCAAAGUCUACCAUACAGUACAAAGAGGAACUGGUACGACUCCUUCUGAAAAUAUUCCAAACAAUACAAAAAAAGGAAUCCUUACCAAAUCAUUUUAUGAGAACAACAUCAUCCUGAUACCAAAACCCGGCAGAGGCUCAACAAGAAAAGAAAACUUCAGACCAAUAUCCAUGAUGAAUGUAGACACAAAAAUCUUCAAUAAAAUACUGGCAAGCCGAUUGCAACAGCACAUCAAAAAACUUAUCCACCAUGAUUAAGUAGGCUUCAUCCCGGGGAUGCAAGGCUGGUUCAACAUACGCAAGUCUAUAAACGUAAUUCACCACAUAAACAGAACCAAAGACAAAACCGCAUGAUUAUCUCAGUAGAUGCAGAGAAGGCCUUUGACAAAAUUCAACAGCCCUUUAUGCUAAAAGCUCUCAAUAAACUAGGUAUCAACGGAACGUAUCUCAAAAUAAUAAGAGCUAUUUAUGACAAACCCACAGUGAAUAUCAUACUGAAUGGGCAAAAACUGGAAGCAUUCCCUCUGAAAUCUGGCACUAGACAAGGAUGCCCUCUCUCACCACUCCUAUUCAAUAUAGUGUUGGAAGUUCUAGCCUGAGCAACCAGACAAGAAAAAUAAAGGCUAUUUAAUUAGGAAAGGAGGAAGUCCAGUUGUCUCUAUUUGCAGAUGACAUGAUUGUAUAUUUAGAAGACCCCAUUGUCUCAGCCCAAAAUCUCCUGAACCUGAUAAGCAACUUCAGCAAAGUCUCAGGAUACGAAAUCAAUGUGCAGAAAUCACAAGCAUUCCUAUAUGCCAAUAACAGACUUAAAUAGAGCCACAUCAAGGACGAACUGCCAUUCACAAUUGUUGCAAAGAGAAUAAAAUACCUAGGAAUACAACUAACAAAGGAUGUAAAGGACCUCUUCAAGGAGAACUACAAACCACUGCUCAAUGAAAUAAGAGAGGACACAAACAGAUGGAAAAACAUUCCAUGCUCAUGGUUGUGAAAAAUCAAUAUUGUGAAAAUGGCCAUACUGCCCAAAGUAAUUUAUAGAUUCAACACUAUCCCCAUCAAGCUACCUAUGACCCUCUUCACAGAACUGGAAAAAAACCACCUUAAACUUCAUAUGGAACCAAAAGUGAGCCUGCAUAGCCAAGACAAUUCUAAGCAAAAAGAACAAAGCUGGAUGCAUCAAGCUACCUGACUUCAAACUAUGCUACAAGGCUACAGUAAUGAAAACAGCAUGGUACUGGUACCAAAACAGAGAUAUAAACCAAUGGAACAGAACAGAGGCCUCGGAGGCAAUGGCACACAUCUACAACCAUCUGAUCUUUGACACACCUCACAAAAACAAGCAUUGGGGAAAGGAUUCCCUGUUUAAUAAAUGGUGUUGGGAGAACUGGCUAGCCAUGUGCAGAAAGCAGAAACUGGACACCUUCCUGACACCUUACACUAAAAUUAACUCCAGAUGGAUUAAAGACUUAAACGUAAGGCCUAAUACCAUAAAAACCCUAGAAGAAAAUCUAGGCAAAACCAUUCAGGACAUAGGCAUAGGCAGGGACUUCAUGACUAAAACACCGAAAGCAUUGGCAACAAAAGCCAAAAUAGACAAAUGGGAUCUAAUCAAACUCCAGAGCUUCAGUACAGCAAAAGAAACAAUCAUUAGAGUGAACCAGCAACCAACAGAAUGGGAAAAAAUUUUUGCAAUCCACCCGUCUGACAAAGGGCUAAUAUCCAGAAUCUGCAAAGAACUAAAGCAGAAUUACAAGAAAAAACAAACCCAUUCAAAAGUGGGUGAAGGACAUAAACAGACACUUUACAAAAGAAGACAUUUAUGAGGCCAACUAACAUGAAAAAAUGCUCAUCAUCACUGGUCAUUAGAGACAUGCAAAUGAAAACCACAUUGAGAUACCAUCUCAUGCCAGUUUGAAUGGUGAUCAUUAAAAAAUCUGGAAACAACAGAUGCUGGAGAGGAUGUGGAGAAAUAGGAACACUUUUACAGUGUUGGUGGGAGUGUAAAUUAGUUCAACCAUUGUGGAAGACAGUGUGGCGAUUCCUCAAGGACCUAGAAAUAGAAAUUCCAUUUGACCCAGCAAUCCCAUUACUGGGUAUAUAUCCAAAGGAUUAUAAAUCGUUCUAUUGUAAGGACACAUGCACGCAUAUAUUCAUUGUGGCACUGUUUACAAUAGCAAAGACCUGGACCAAACCCAAAUGCCCAUCGAUGAUAGACUGGACAAGGAAAAUGUGGCACAUAUACCCCAUGGAAUACUAUGCAUCCGUAAAAAAUGAUGAGUUUGUGUUCUUUAUAAGGACAUGGACGAAUCUGGAAACCAUCAUUCUCAGCAGACUGACACAAGAACAGAGGGACAAACACCGCAUGUUCUCACUUAUAGGCAGGUUUCGAACAGUGAGAACACAUGGACACAGGGAGGGGAGCAUCACACACUGGGGUCUGUUUGUGGGGAAUAGGGGAGGGACAGCAGGGGUAGGGAGGUUGGGGAGGGACAACAUGGGGAGAAAUGCCAGAUAUAGGCGAUGGAGGGAUGGAGGCAGCAAGUCACUUUGCCAUGUAUGUACCUAUGCAGCAAUCCUGCAUGUUUUGCACAUGUACCCCAGAACCUAAAGUGCAAUUAAAAAAAAACUAUAUAUAGUUUUUAUAUAAAAACAUACAUGCAACAACUGUGAAAGAAAAUGCAUGGCAAGGAGGGAGAGAAUAAUAAAACACAGUAAAAUCUCUUUUAGAAAUACAUUCUUUUUUUUGUAUCGGCAUCUUUUGGUCUCCAUAAGACCGUUGAGUCUCAUUGUGGCAAUGGUAAACAAAAUAGAUCUGGUGAAUACGCACUAAGUACCUCAUAGUAAAAUUGCUGCAUUUGUGACUAUAUGAAGGCAGUUGUAGUUGGGGGAAAUUCUUGAUGUUUAAUCUGAUAAUUUUACCCUUAGCUUUACAUGUUUUAUGUGUGUGUGUGUAAUAGUUCCCUGAUGCUAGGAGAUAGCCUUAGACUUUUUGUUUUUUUCUAAGUAGGACCUAGAAAAUACUUCUGCUCUACUAAGUAACAUCUCAGUUGGCGCAAGCUGGAAUAAAUAAUUCAACUGCUGGGAUCUUGAUGUCUUAACUUUUUGGUUUCUGUGUAUUAUUGAAUUUCAUUUUAUCACUGCAAUCUGAGAUAAUGAAAAGUCUUCAUAAAGUCCAUGCUCAUUUGGACUGAUGAAAGUAGCUGGAUUUCCCAACUCCUGUCAGCAUCUCCCUAUUCAUCAUGUUCCCAAUGGUUGGAUUGAGUGGCUGAUUAGUAAGCAUUUCAUUAAUGCAGAAACUUUAGCACAUUUUUGUGGAACAAGAUAGUCUCUAGAAAGAAACUGUAUCAAAGAAUUUCCCAUCUGCAUUUUUACUUAAAUAUUGUAGCCUACCAAGUUCAGUAUCCCUUCCUGAGUAAAGAGAAAUACCUGAAUGUAUGGGGGCCUGUGAAUUCACAUUACCAACGAGUUUCCAGAUGCUGCUGAUCUCACGUAUCUGGGGGCUGAACUGUGAGAACCACUGGCCUGGGCCACCUCAUACUCUCAGUGUCAUCCUCUGGAAAUAAGCACAAGAAUUCCUACCUUAAAGGAAGUUUUUCUGUGAGGUGGGAGAUGACUGUAUACACUAUAUCAGGCACUAAGGACUCAAUCAUGGGUAGUUGCUGCUGCCUUCUGUAAUUAUUUUUGCAUUAUUUUAAACUAAAUUUAAAUUAUUUCAAAAAAUAUAUGAGUAACUCUGAUGUCCCACUGCUAGGGGACUAAAUGUACUAAAGUAUAUGAGGAAGUUAUUCUUGCCCUCAAGGAGCUUAGAGUCUAGUAAGGGAUACAAAAAAAUCUAUACAAAUAAAGCAUAGAAUAUAAUAAUCACAUCUAUCUUGGCACUUUCAAAGGCUGAGGCAGGAGGAUUGCUUAAGGCCAAGAGUUCAAGACCAGCCUGGGCAACUUAGUGAGACUCUGUCUUCACAAAAGGAAAAAAACAACCAAAAAACCUUUUUUUUUGUAAAUGCCACUCCAUCUAAGUAAUGAUACCUGAAUUUCACAUUGUUUGAGAAAAUUACUGAUUAUUCUGUAAAGCAUCCUCUGAAAAACUGAAAUAAUUUUUGGUUCUAUCAAUGAUGAUCUGCCUAAAGGAAGAUUAUAGGAACCCCAAGGAGGAUGCUACACAGUAGUUGCUGCUGUUGGCCGUAUCUGAUGAACACGCAUGAUGCUGAUCAAGCCAUCUCCCUCAAACACCCAUGCCAUUCCUUCUUCUUUGCGGUCGACUGAAAUUGAAAUACAAGGAUUAAUUUACCUAGGGGAUUGGGAAUGCUUCGUGAAAAAACUGCAGUUGUACAUUAAGUAAUGAGUAGGAUUUGGACUUCAGGGUUGAAGAAACAGGUGUUCUUCAUGGAGAAAAGGAGGAGGGGUCUGUGGGAAUGCUCAGACUGUGAUCUGGGCAGAGAAAGAGAGGCUGCAUUCUACUGGAGCACAGGAAAACAUAGUAGGUAUGGACCAGUAAGAUUAGAAAGAUGGGCUGGACCCAGAUCACAGAAUCCUUUGGAUUCUUUCAUUUGCUCCCCCUGACCCCAGACACUUAAUAAUUAAGGUUCUGGAAAACUUGUAAGUACUAUUUUAUGUUCUUGACAGACUCUUACUUGAUUUCUUAGGUAUUAUUAGUAUGGGGGAUUGGUAUGCCCUCCGCUGUAGGAUUGUUUUCACGACAUUGUGGAAUGCGUUUUAAACGUUACUUCCUUGCUGAGACACAAGGUAGCCUAGCCCUCUGACUUACCUGGGUCCUGUGUGGUGAUAUUCAAGAGUCUGGCUUGCCAAAAAAGGAGAUCAGUAGGAACUGGGAAAACAAAUAUUCUGGGCUAAAGCAGCAGUUGGCAAACUACAACCAGUGGGCCAAUUCGGCUCCUCACUUGUUUUUAUGUGGGCCAUUAGCUGAGAAUGGUUUUACAUUUUUAAAUAGUUGAAAAGAAUCAGGAGAACAAUAUUUCAUAACAUAUGAAAAGAAUAUACAAUUCAAAUCUCAGUGUCCAUAAAGUUUUAUGGGAACACAGCCACGCUCCUUUGUUUACAUAUAUCCAUGGCUGCUUUCAUAAUACAGUGGCAAGUUACAACACAGACCCAGGGCUCCAGAAGCCUAAAUUUACUGUCUGGUCCUUCACAGAAAAAGUUGGUCAACUCCUUGUCUGAAGCACUGGAUCUCCAAAGCUUCAGAGUACAUCAGAAUCACCUGUAGGUCUUGUUAAAUUGCACACUACAUUAGAAUCACCUGGAGGUCUUGUUAAAGUGCAGCUUGCUGGGCUCCACCCCAGGUUUGAAAUUCAGUAGUUCAGCGUUCAAGAAUGUGCAUUUCUACCAGAUUCCCAGGUGCUGCUGAUGCUGCUGGUCCUAGGACCACCCUUUGAGACCUACUGGUUGAACGCAGUGCUGCUCAAACUUUAAGAUGCUUGGGACUCAAGUGGAGAGCUUGAGAUUAAAAUGCAGAUUCUGAUUCAUCAGGUCUGGGUUGUAGCCUGAGAAGUCUGCAUGUUUAACAGGCUAUGGGCUGAAGCCAUGGAUCAAGUGUCCACCUGGGAUGCACUAGAGUAAGUAUGGCUAGCUUGACUUUUUGUGUGUGAGAUGUUGAUACAGCCAAAAGAAUGGACUUCUUUUGAGAUAGAAAAAAGCUUUGUGACUAGAUUGUGAGCAACUAUUUGGGGAAACAAAAUUAAUUGAAGGCUCUAGGAUGGUAAGAAGUAUACCUGGGGUCUUUGCAGUUAAUUCUCAGCUUAUGGAGAUAUUGAAUUGCCUAUAUACAUCUCUAAAUAAAUAAAAAUUAAGGAAUAUUUUUACUUAACUGUGCUCUUGUGAUUCAGGUCAUUCUCCUUACUGUGGCUUACAUAAGAUUUUAUAUUUAUCUGACUGCCUCAAUUUGAGCCUUGAAUUUGCUAAUUACAGUUUUACUGGGCUUUUAUGUUUUGGCUGUUAAGAACUGCAGCUGAAAAGAGUGUCUGCUUCCUGAAAGCAGAGGACGCUUUCAAAGGUCUGGUGUUUUAGUAGGUGCUUUGUGAUGGCUGUCCAACCUGGAACUGAAUUAUAGAUUAGGGGCUGGACCAUUACUUUGGAAUGCAUGAGCGAGAGUUUAUUUUAGAAAAGAAUAAUGCUUAAGAAAACAUUUAAAUUGAAUUUUAUACUUUUGAUAGAUGUUAACUUUUUUGUAUUAAUACCUCAAUGUGUUUGUGAAUGACUUAUUCAGUUAGACGGGGGGGGGGGGGGUUCUUCAAAGUAUCUACCAAAGCUAAGUGAAAUAUUUUGUUUUUACCAAAAAAAUGCUUAUUGCUAUUAAUAGAAACAAAUUUUAAGUGAGCUCCUCUUUUGGACCCAAAGAAGCCUCCUAAUUAUAGGUGUUGACUUUAGCACACUCAGUAUGUAGAGAAUCUGACUCUGUAGCACUUGCAUCUCCAACGCCUCUCAGGGCUUACCCAGUGCUAGUUAAUUCACAUUUGAAAUGUUACACUUAAGGAAAUAAUAAGGCAUAUUUUGGUCUAAUUUUACUUUUCAUGCCUUUCCUCAAAGAAGGGAAGAUAAAUAGUUGUGUGCAUGCUACUCUUUCUUUAAUAAAGAUUUGAGGAUGCUUUUAGAAAUAGACCCCAUUAAAACUUUUUUUUUUGAGACAGAGAUUUGCUCUUGUUGCCCGUGCUAGAGUGCAAUGACACAAUCGCGGCUCACUGCAACCUCUACCUCCUGGGUUCAAGUUAUUCUCCUGCCCCAGUCUCCCAAGAAGCUGGGAUUACAGGCAUGCACCACCACACCCAGCUAAUUUUGUAUUUUUAUUAGAGACAGGGUUUCUCCACGUUGGUCAGGCUGGCCUCGAACUCCCAACCUUAGGUGAUCCACCUGCCUCAGCCUUCAAAGUGCUGGGAUUACAGGUGUGAGGCACUGUGCCUGGCCAAAACUUUUUAAUACAUAGGAUGUUUGGCCACACGGAUAUUUUUUAUAGUUGUCAAUUUCAGUGGCUUGGCUGAGACUUUAAUUUGUUUUAAGCAUGUUGUUAAUGCUUUGAAGGAAAUUUUCUUUCAUACCAGAAUUCACAGGUCAUCUCUUUCUUGUUCAAAGAUGACAGAUUUUUUUCAGAGCUAGCAUUAUUUAUGCAAUCAAAAUUUAUUGAACACGAUGUAGCUAUUUCUCACUAGCAAAAUAAUUUUGCUGUUAAUCUGACCUCCAAAAUCUAACUCAUUCAGGGUAGGAACUUUGUGCCCAAGUGCUCACUAACCAGCUAUUUACUCACUUGUGUGACUUCCAUGUUCCUCCAAACAAAUAAUGUUACCUCAGGUGAUCGAUAGAAGUGUUUUCAAAUGAUCCUAAUCACCUACAUAAUUUUAAAUAAUCUCUCAGUUUUAAGAAAAUAAGUCUCAGGCCCAAAAGCAGAAGUUACAGGGAGGCGUUUAUUGGUUCUGUAUAAGAAGGGACUUUGUAACUCUUUAAGGCUGCUCAAAAAUAGAAUGGGCUAUCUUGCUAGGCAUUGACAUUCUCUGCAAUUAGAAGUAUUCAAGCAGUGGCAGGCACCUACCUGUCUGAAAUUCUUUGGGUGAGAUUCCUCUAUUAAUUAGAAAAUUAGUCUUGUUGAUUUCUAAGAUUUUCCCCCUUAUUCCAAUAUAUCUCAUUUCUAUUCUCUCAUAAAAUAGCUGCUUGCAAUCUGUUGAAAUAUCAAAGGAGGCUUAAUAACCGUGUUGGCAACAUUACAGAGCACUGUGGUGGAGUUAUAAUGCAUAGAUUUCGUUAUGGUAAUAUUUGAAUUGCUUGUUUCACAGGUAUGUGUAUGGCAGCAAGGGACUGGGGGUGGGGAAGGGAAACAGCAUGUCGUGGGUCCCCAUAUGGCUGUAUAUACUAUAACAGGCAUCCACUCCCCCUGGUAUUACAAGCUCAGUUCAGGUGGCUCCUCCCUGCUCCCCUGUUGGAUGUCCAGUGGUUUCCCCUUUGGAUUUAAGUUUGUCCUUGAAGGGCUACCAAUUUGUAAAUCUUGGAAGUUGCUUUACAUCUCUGAGUUUCAUUUUUUCUUUGCCAUAUCCAGUAUAUUGUAUAUGUAGAAUAUAAAAGGGAACAUGUGUAUAUAGGGGAACAUAAAUGUUUAAAAUUUUUUCCAAAUUAAGAAGAAACUUGUUUUUCAAUCUUUGUUGUAUGGAAAGGGAUGAUUUUGCUCAUUUUGUGGAAGGCUGACCCUCCAUAGGAUGGAGUAUAAACAUCCCUUCUCCCAUUCAUUGAGCCAGGCUUUGACUUUAAGCAACAAGAAUUGGUUUUUCUGUUGUAUAUGGUUUGGGGACCAGAUUAAUGGGCAGCUAGUUUACCUCAAAUGGGAGCCUGUGACCUUCCUUAGGGCUCUAGCUUUUAGAAUGCUUUUGGUUUGCUUACUUGUUUUCAGCUUCUCUAUGUUUCCAGCACAAUUUCUUACCAUUGCUUCAUUUAUCUUGCUAUCUUUUAAUUAUAAUAUCCAGUUCUCUUAAUGUUUUGAAAAAGUUUUAAUUGUAAAAUACACCUAACAUAACAUUUAUCAUCUUAACCAUUUUAACUGUACAGUUCAGUAGUGUUAAUUAAAUUCACAAUGUUGUGUAACCAAUAUCUAGAACUCUUUUAUUUUUCAUCUUGAAAAACUGAAACUCCAUAUCUAUAAACAACAAUGCCUAUUUUAUCCCGAGCCCCUGGCUAGCACCAUUCUACUCUUUGUCUCUAUGAAUUUGACUUCUCUAGGUACUGUAUAUAAGUAGAAUCAUACAAUAUUGAUCCUUUUAUGUCUGGCUUAUUUAACUUAGCGUAAUGUCCUCCAGGUUCAUCUAUGUUGUAGCAUGUGCCAGGAUGCCAGCCUUCCUUUUUAAGGCUGAAUGAUAUUUCACUAUAUAGAUACACCACGUUUUGUUUAUCUGUUGGUGGACACUUGCACUGCCUCUGCAUUUUGGCUAUUGUGACUAAUGCUGCUGUGAACAUGCAUAUACAAAUAUUUCUUUAAGACUUUGCUUUCAAUUCUUUUGAAUAUAUAUCCAACCCAGAAGUCGGAUUACUAGGUUAUGCAGUAAUUCUAUUUUAAAUUUCUUGAGGAACUGCUAUACUGUUUUCCAAAAUGGCUGGUCUACUUUGCAUUCACAACAGUGCACAAGAGUUCUGAUUUUUCCACAUUUUUGCCUCCAUUUGUUAUUGUCUGCUUUUUUUUUUUUUUUUGAUACUAGCCAUCCUUAUGGGUAUCAGGUAACAUUUUAUGAUUCUGAUUUGCAAUUUCCUAAUGAUUAGUGCUUUUCAUAUUCUUGUUGGCCAUUUGUAUGUCUUCUUUGGAGAAAUUUGUAUUCAAGUCCUUUGCUCAUUUUUAAUCAGGUUAUUUAUUUUUGUCGUUGAGCUGUAGGAGCUCUAAAGAGCAUUCUGGGUGUUAACCCUUUGUCAGAUACGUGAUUGGCAAAUGUUUUUUCCCAUUUGAUAGGUCACCAUUUCACUAUGUUCAUGAUAAUUUUUGAUACACAGAAGUCUUUUAGUGUAGUCCAGUUUACUUUUACUUUUGUUGCUUGUAAUUUUGGCAUCUGUCCAAUAAAUUAUUCCAAAUCCUGUGUCAUGAAACUUUUCUGUUACAUUUUAAGACUUUAGCUCUUACAUUUAAAUCUAAUUUCAAUAUUGUUAUGUCUCAGGAAAGAGAGAGAAGUAUGGGGAAUGACUAGUCAGUGGAGCAGUCGGAACACACAUAUUUAUCAAUUAAGUUUACCAUCUUAUUUGGACAUGGUUCAUGGUGCCCCCAAAACAAUGAUAGUAACAUCAAAGAUCUCUGAUCACAGAUCAACAUAACAGAUAUAAUAAUAAUGAAAAAGUUUGAAAUAUUGUGAGAAUUAUCACAGUGUGACAUGGAGACAUGAAGUGAGCACAUGCCAUUAGAAAAAUUACACCGAUAGACAUGCUUGAUGCAGAUUGCCAUAAACCUUCACUUUGUAAAAACACAAAAUCUGUGAAAUGCAGUAAAGUGAGACCCAAUAAAACAAGGUGUACUUGUAAAAGACAUGUGAAUUGAGAAGGAAGUAAAAUUAUCUAUUUGCUAAUGUGUUGAUCUUAUAUCUAAAAAACCCUAAAAACUCCACUUAAAAAUCAUUAGAACUAAUAAAUUUAGCAAAGUACUAGGAUGCAAAAUAAUUACAAAAGUCAGCUGCAUUUCUGUAUACUAAUAAUGAACAUUAAAAGAAACUAAGGAAAUACCAUGUAUAAUAACAUAAAAAAAUUUAGAAAUUAACCAAGAAGGCAGAAGACUUAUACACUGAAAACUAUUUUGAUAGAGAUUGCAUUAAAGCUGUAGAUUACUUUGGGUAGUAUUGACAUCUUAAUAAUAUUAAGUUUUCCAAUCCAUGAACAUGGAAUGCCUUUUCAUUUAUUUAUGUGUUUUAAAAUUUCAGCAACUCAGUGUUUCACCACUGAGUAUGGUGUUUGCUGUGGGAUUUUCAUAUAUGAUCUUUAUUAUACUAAGGCAAUUUCCUUCCCCUCCUAGUUUUGUGAGUGCAUUCUCUUAAUUAAAAAAUAAAAUUAAACUCUUGUGGCUGGGCACAGUGGCUCACACCUGUAAUCCCAACACUUUGGGAGGCCAUAGUGGGUGGAUCGCUUGAGACCGGGAGUUUGAGACCAGCCUGGGCAACAUGGUGAAACCCCAUCUCUGCUAAAAAAUACAAAAAUUAGCCAGGUAUGGUGGUGUAUGACUAUAGUCCUAGCCACCUGGGAGGCUGAGACAUGAGAAUUGCCAGAAUCAAGGUGGAGGUUGCAGUGAGUUAAGGUCACACCAUUGCACACUAGCUUGGAUGGCACAGUAAGACCCUGUCAGUCAGUCAGUCAGUCAAUCAGGAAAGUCUUGCAUUAGGAAACCAAGAUGAAACAUCUGACUUGAUACAAGAUAUCUGUUAGUAGAUGAUGCCAGGUGACAGAGCAUCUGGUACUGGUCAGGGUGGGGUGGCAUUUGUUGAAGGGCAGGACUGUUGAUAGAGUACCUUUGUGCAGCAUCCCCCUAUAACCCAUCUUCCGUGUAGAAGUGCACCAGUGGCAAAUUCCUGGAUGACCUUUGAAAAAAAUUUUCAUGAUGCAUUAUUUAUUUAUUUAUUAUACUUUAAGUUCUGGGGUACAUGUGCAGAACAUGUAGGUUUGUUAAACAGGUGUUCAUGUGCCAUGGUGGUUUGCUGAAUUCAUCACCCCAUCAUCUACAUUAGGGAUUUUACCUAAUGCUAUCCCCCUGCAAUCCCCCCACCCCCUGCUGUCCCUCCCCUAGCUCUCCACCCCCUGAAAGGACCUGGUGUGUGAUGUUCCCCUCACUGUCCAUGUGGUCUCAUUGUUUAACUUCCACUUAUGAGUGAGAACAUGUGGUAUUUGGCUUUCUGUUCUUGUGUCAGUUUGCUGAGAACGAUGGUAUCCAGCUUCAUCCAUGUCCCUGCAAAGGACAUGAACUCAUCUUAUUUUAUGGCUGCAUAAUAUUCCAUGGUGUAUAUGUGCCACAUUUUCUUUAUCCAGUUUAUCAUUGAUGGGCAUUUGGGUUGGUUCCAAGUCUUGGCUGUUGUGUACAGUGAGUGCUGCAGUAAACAUACGUGUGCAUGUGUCUUGAUAAUAGAAUGAUUUAUAAUCCUUUAGCUAUAUAACCAGUAAUGGGAUUGGGUCAAAUGGUAUUUCUAUUUUUAGAUCUUUGCGGAAUUGCCACACUAUCUUCCACAACGGUUGAACUAACCAUUUACUCCCAGCAACAGUGUAAAAGCAUUCCUGUUUCUCCAUAUCCUCUCCAGCAUCUGUUGUCUCCUAAUUAUUUUUAUUUUUAUUUUUAAAAAUUUAUUUAUUAUACUUUAAGUUCUGGGGUACAUGUGCAUAUUGUGCAGGUUCAUUACAUAGGUAUACACGUGCUAUGGUGGUGGUUUGCUGGAUCCACCACCCCGUCAUCUACAUUAGUUAUUUCUCCUAAUGCUAUCCCUCCCCAAUCUCCCCACUCCCUACUGUUCCUCCCCUAGCUCCCUAACUCCCAGGCCCUGGUGUGUAAUGUUCAUGUGUCCAUGUAUUCUCAUUGUUCAAUACCCACUUAUGAGUGAGAAUAUGUGGUGUUUGGUUUUCUGUUCUUAUGUCAGUUUGCUGAGAAUGAUGGUUUCCAGAUUCAUCCAUGUCACUGCAAAGGACAGGAACUCAUCCUUUUUUUAAUGGCUGCACAGUAUUGCAUGGUGUAUAUAUACCACGUUAUCUUUAUUGAGUCUAUCACUGAUGGGCAUUAGGGUUGGUUUCAAGUCUUUGCUGUUGUGAACAGUGCCAUGAUAAACAUAUGUGUGCACAUGUCUUUAUAAUAGAACAAUUUAUAAUCCUUUGGGUGUAGACCCAGUAACGAGAUUGCUGGGUCAAAUGGUGUUUCUAGUUCUAGAUCCUUGAGGAAUCGCCACACUGUCUUCCACAAUGGUUGAACUAAUUUACACUCCCACCAACACUGUAAAAGUGUUCUUAUUUCUCCACAUCCUCUCCAGCAUCUGUUGUCUCCAGAUUUUUUAAUGAUUGCCAUUCUAACUGGCAUGAGAUGGUAUCUCAAUGUGGUUUUGAUUUGCAUUUCUCUAAUGACCAGUGAUGAUGAGCAUUUUUUCAUAUGUUUGUUGGCUGCAUAAAUAUCUUCUUUUGAAGUGCCUGUUCAUAUCCUUUGCUCACUUUUUAAUGGGAUUGUUUUUUUCUUGUAAGUUUGUUUUAGUUCUUUCUAGAUUCUGGAAAUUAGCCCUUUGUCAGAUGGGUAGCUUGCAAAAAUAUUUUCCCAUUCCGUUGGUUGCUGGUUCACUCUAAUGAUUGUUUCUUUUGCUGUGCAGACAUUUAAUUAGAUUCCAUUUAUUUAUUUUGGCUUUUGUUGCUAUUGUUUUUGGUGUUUUAGCUUUCUGCACAUGGCUAGCCAGUUUUUCCAACACCAUUUAUUAAAUAGGGAAUCCUUUCCUCAUUGCUUGUUUUGGUCAGGUUUGUCAAAGAUCAGAUGAUUGUAGAUGUGUGUUGUUACUUCCAAGGCCUCUGUUCUGUUCCAUUGGUCUAUAUCUCUGUUUUGGUACCAGUAUCAUGCUGUUUUAAUUACUGUAGUCUUGUAGUAUAGUUUGAAGUCAGGUAGCGUGAUGCUUCCAGCUUUGUUCUUUUUGCUUAGGAUUGUCUUGGCUAUUUUUGGUUCCAUAUGAAGUUAAAGGUGGUUUUUUCCAGUUCUGUGACGAAGAUCAGUGCACUUCAGUGUAGGCGACAAAGCAAGAAUUCGUUACAAAAACAAAACAAAAGAAAACUAAACUAAAAGUAGAACUACUAUUUGAUCCAGCAAUCCCACUACUGGUUGGCUACCCAGAGGAAAAUAAGUCAUUAUACAGAAAAGAUACUUGCACAUGCAUGUUUAUUGUAGCAGAAUUCACAAUUGCAAAAAUACAGAAUCAGCCCAGAAACCCAUCAAUUAAUGAGUGGAUUAAAAAAAAUGUAGUACAAAUGUACUGUGGAAUACUAAUCAGCCUUAAGGAAUGAAAUAAUGGCAUUUGGAGCAAGCUGGAUGAAGCUGGAGACCAUUUUUUUAAGUGAAGUAACUCAGGAAUGGAAAGCUAAUCAUCAUAUAUUCUCACUCAUAAGUUGGAGCUAAGCUAUGAGGAUGCAAAGGGGUAAGAAUGAUACAAUGGACUUUAGGGACUUUAGAAAUGGGUGGGAGGUGAGUGAGGGAGGAAAGACUACAAUUGGGGACAGUGUGCACUGCUUGGGUAAUGAGUGCACUAAACCCUCAGAAAUCACCUGCUAAAGAACUUACACGUGUAACCAAACAUCCCCCUUUUCCCAAAAACUGCCACUAUAAUUUUAAAUAAAUAAAUAAAGUGAAAAGAGAAAUGACAGUGUUGAGAGACAAUCUAUUGAUGGAUGUACAAAGGCUGAAAAUUGUGGGAAAUCCACAUAAAAUAAACAUUCUAAGUGUUAAAACUUAAUGACUCAGUUUUCUUAGGAGCAAAAUUACAAAAAGUGACAUUAAUGUCCAUCCUAGAAGAAUAAAACACACAUCACCUUUACUGAUAUGAGUAAAUUACUUGUUUUUCCUUGAAAGAGUAUCCAAGCCUAUUGUGUUCAUUUUCACACUGAUCAAAGAGUGCACCCUUCUGUCAACAGGGAUCUGCAGUUUUCAGGACCUGGCAGAAAUUCUGUCUUUUCCUUUUUUUUUUUUUCCGAGACAGAGUCUAGCUUUGUGGCCCAGGCUGAAGUGCACUGGUGCGAUCUUGGCUCACUGUAACCUCCACCUCUCAGGUUCAAGUGAUUCUCCUGCCUCAGCCUCCCAAGAGGCAUGUUCCACCUUGCCCCCGCUAAUUGUUUGUAUUUUUAGUAGAGAUGAGGUUUCACCAUGUAAGCCAAGAUGGUCUCGAUCUCCUGAUCUGGUGAUCCGUGUGCCUCGGCCUCCCAAAGUGCUGGGAUUAUAGGUGUGAGCCACCGCGCCUGGCCUUUAUCCUCUACCUUUAACAGUCAGGCACAAAAGUAGAGGCAGCGGUUAGGCCCCUCUGCCCAGAGCCAAGUGACUGUCACCAUCAGUAGGCAGGAUGAAGGCUUGAGCGUCCCUGGUCGCGGAGAUCUUCUGGGUGCUGCCCUCCCCCACUGCAGCUACGCCCCACCCCGUAACAUCCCAGUGUCCGCGAGACACUGGCCUGAUCCGUGCAGGAUUCUAUGGCCAGCGGCUGCCAGCGCGCGGUGCUUUGUGCGCUUUCUGGCGUCCUGAGGCCAACGGUCACGGGCACCAGGCUCUACACACUUGGUAUUGGCUGCAGACUUGGGAAACUUCUGGAAGCUGAAUUUCUAAGGAAAAGUCCCGACCACUGCACUGCUGUCAUGGGCAGCUAUCUGAGCUGGUUCCUGGGCUGGCCCCGAGCCCAGAAGCCCCAGACGCUGAGCUCCAGACCAGUCCUCCGCUCCCAGGUCCAGGACCCCUGCAAAGUCAUCUAUGUCCAUAGGGAGCGCUGGGUCCGCACCCAGCCCCUCCCCACGGCUCCUCCAGCCUGGGACUUUGCCCGCAUCCGGAGGUGCUUUCCCAACAGGCCACAGCUCUUGAGUUUCACUGGGCCAGACUCUUCUGAGGCUCGCCUGGCCUACAUGAAGCGAUGGCUUUGGAAUGCCCGGCACCCGCGGCCCGUCCGCAGCCUAGUGACCGUGAAAAUCGCCCCGCCGGAGCACAGAGAGGAGCCUCGACAAGCCUCACCUGCCCUGGAGCGCCCAGAUCCCUGUGCCAGGGAGACCGUGCUCAAGGCCCUCAGCCAGUGCAACAAGGGAAACAGGAAAUUCACCGAGCCACUCUGGUUUGAGACCCCGGACGUCAAGCGGAGGAAGCAGAGCCGGGUACCCAGGCCUUCUGCCUUCAAGCCCGUCAGGAGACAUGGAGAGGUCCCCACCUUUGUGCCCAGGCCUGGGCCCCUGAGAAGCCUCCGCUCUCCCACAGCAGUGUCUUCGGAGAGAUUCGGCCUUCCCUCAAGCGCACCACCGGCCCUACCGCAGAAAGAGCCACUGAGCCCACCGGGGCACUUCCCACCGCUUCAGCUGACCACUCUGCCAGCCCCAGCCCCGCCUCUCCUUAGCCUGCGGAGCCCCCACUGAAGAGACCUUGUUGCUCUUAAAAUCCUUCUCUUUUCCUUCCCACCCACUUCUGCCUUCUCCCUGGAACAGGAGGCAGCCAUAUCCUCUAUUUUCCCAGUUUGUAUAGUAAAUAUUUGUUCUUUUAAAAAAUAGUGUCUUUAUUAUUUAAAAAAAAAGUAGAAAUCAGUUUCAUAUCCUUAAGCAGGAAAAGAAAGAAAAAUUUAAGCCACACAUACACUGUAUAGAAAAAUUAACUCAAAUGGAUCAUAGACUUAAAUGUAAAACCUACAAAUUUAAAUCUUUCAGAAGAACGGGAAAAAAUUUUGUGACUUUGGGUUAUGCAAAUUUUUCUUUCUUUCUUUUUAAAUUAUACUGUAAGUUCUGGGGUACAUGUGCAGAUCUUGCAGGGUUGUUGCAUAGAUACACACAUGCCAUGGUGGUUUGCUGCCUUUAUGCCCCCAUCACCUACAUCAGGCAUUUCUUCCAGUGUUACUCCUCCCCAACCUCCCUGCCUGCCACUCCCAACAGACUAGCUAUCCCUCCCCUAGCCCCUCACCCCACAACAGACCCCAGUGUGUGAUGUUUGCCUCCUUGUGUCCAUGUGUUCUCAUUGUGCAAUACCCACCUAUGAGUGAGAACAUGCAAUGUUUGGUUUUCUGUUCUUGUGUCAGUUUGCUGAGAAUGAUGGUCUCCAGAUUCAUCCAUGUCCCUAUAAAGGAUAUGAACUCAUUCUUUUUAUGGCUGCAUAGUAUUCCAUGGUGUAUAUGUGUCACAUUUUCCUUACGCAUUCUGUCAUUGAUGGGCAUUAGGGUUGGUUCCAAGUCUUUGCUAUUGUAAGAAGCAGUGCCACAAUGAACAUGUGUGCAGGUGUCUUUAUAAUAGAAUGAUUUAUAAUCCUUUGGGUAUAUAUCCAGUAAUGGGAUUGCUGGGUCAAAUGGUAGUUCUAUUUCUAGAUCCUUGAGGAAUUGCCACACUGUCUUCCACAAUGGUUGAACUAAUUUACACUCCCAACAGUGUAAAAAUGUUCCUAUUUCUCUACAUCCUCUCCAGCAUCUAUUGUCCCCAAAUUUUUUUAAUAAUCACCAUUCUAACUGGUGUGAGAUGGUAUCUCAAUGUGGUUUUGAUUUGCAUUUCUCUAAUGACCAGUGAUGAUGAGCAUUCUUUCAUAUGUUUGUUGGCUGCAUAAAUGUCUUCUUUUGAAAAGUGUUCAUAUCCUUUGCCCACUUUUGGAUGGGUUUUUUUUUUCUUGUAAAUAUGCUUUAGUUUUUUGUAGAUUCUAGAAAUCAGCCCUUUGUCAGAUGGGUAGCUUGCAAAAAUAUUUUCCCAUUCUGUUGGUUGCUGGUUCAUUCUAAUCAUUGUUUCUUUUGCUGUGCAGAAGCUUUUACAUUUAAUUAGAUCCCAUUUGUCAAUUUUGGCUUUUGUUGCCAUUGCUUUUGGUGUUCUCGUCAUGAAGUCAUUGCCCAUGCUUAUGUCCUGAAUGGUAUUACCUAGGUUUUCUUCCAGAGUUUUUAUGGUGUUAGGUCUUAUGUUUGAGUCUUUAAUCCAUCUAGAGUUAAGUUUUGUGUAAGGUGUAAAGAAGGGGUCCAGUUUCAGAUUUCUGCACAUGGCUAGCCAGUUUUCCCAACAUCAUUUAUUAAACAGGGAAUUUUUUCCUCAUUGUUUGCUUUUGUUAGGUUUGUCAAAGAUCAGAUGGUUGCGGAUGUGUGGUGUUACUUCCAAGGCCUCUGUUCUGUUCCAUUGGUUUAUAUGCCUGUUUUGGUACCAGUACCAUGCUGUUUUGAUUACUAUGGUCUUGUAGUAUAGUUUGAAGUAAGGUAGCGUGAUGCCUCCAGCUUUGUUCUUUUUGCUUAGGAUUGUCUUGGUUAUGUAGGCUCUUUUUUGGUUCCAUACAAAGUUUAAGGUGGUUUUUUCCAGUUCUAUGAAGAAGGUCAGUGGUAGCUUGAUGGAGAUAGCAUUGAAUCUAUAAAUUACUUUGGGCAGUAUGACCAUUUUCAUGAUAUUGAUUCUAACCAUGAGCAUGGAAUGUUUUUCCAUCUGUUUGUGUCCUCUCUUAACUUCCUUGAGCAGUAGUUUGUAGUUCUUUUUGAAGAGGCCCUUCACAUCCCUUGUUAGUUGUAUUACUAGGUAUUUUAUUCUCUUUGUAGCAGUUGUGAAUGGGAGUUUACUCAUGAUUUGGCUCUCUGUUUGUCUAUUAUUAAUGUAUAGGAAUGCUUGUGAUCUUUGCACAUUGAUUUUGUAUCCUGAGACUUUGCCGAAGUUGCUUUUCAGCUUAAGGAGAUUUUGGGCUGAGACGAUGGGGUCUUCUAAAUAUACAAUCAUGUUGUCUGCAAAUAGAGACGAAUUGACUUCCUCUUUCCUAAUUGAAUACUCUUUAUUUCUUUCUCCUCCCAUACUAUGUUGAAUAGAAAUGGUGAGAGAAGGCAUCCUUGUCUUGUGCCAGUUUUCAAAAGGAAUGCUUCCAGUUUUUGACCAUUCAGUAUGAUAUUGUCUUCGAAUUUGUCAUAAAUAGCUCUUAUUAUUUUUAGAUACAUUUCUUCGAUACCUAGUUUAUUGAGAAUUUUUAGUAUAAAGGGCUGUUGAAUUUUGUCAAAGGCCUUCUUUGUUGAAAUAAUCAUGUGGUUUUUGUCUUUGGUUCUGUUUAUGUGAUGAAUUAUAUUUAUGGAUUUGCAGAUGUUAAACCAGCCUUGCAUUCUAGGGAUGAAGCUGACUUGAUUGUGAUAGUUCAGCUUUUUGAUGUGCUGUUGUAAUUGAUUUGCCAGUAUUUUAUUGAGGAUUUUUGCAUCGGUGUUCAUUAUGGAUAUUGGCCUGAAAUUUUCUUUUUUAGUUGUGUCUUUGCCAGGUUUUGGAUUAGGAUGAUGUUGGUCUCAUAAAAUGAGUCAAGGAGGAUUCCCUCUUGUUUAUCGUUUGGAAUAGUUUCUGAAGGAAUGGUACCAGCUCCUCCUUGUACCUUUGAUGGAAUUCGGCUGUGAACCCAUCUGGUCAUGGAGUUUUUUGGUUGGUAGGGUAUUAAUUGCUGUCUCAAUUUCAGACCUUGUUAUUGGUCUGUUUAGGGAUUUGACUUCCUCUUUGUUUAGUCUUGGGAGGGUGUAAGUGGCCAGCAAUUUAUCAGUUUCUUGUAGAUUUACUGGUUUAUUUGCAUAGAGUUGUUUGUAGUAAUCUCCAGUGGUAGUUUUUAUUUCUGUGGGAUCAGUGGUGAUAUCCCCUUGAUCAUUUUCUAUUGCAUCUAUUUGAUUCUUCUCUCUUUUCUUUUUAAUUAGUUUGGCUAGUGGUCUAUCUUUUAAAAAAACCAGCUCCUGGAUUUAUUGACUUUUUUGAAGGGUUUCUUGUGUGUCUGUCUCUUUCAAUUCUGCUCUGAUCUUAGUUAUUUCUUGUCUUCUGCUGACUUUUGAAUUUGUUUGAUCUUGCUCCUCUAGUUCUUUUAAUCUUGACGUUAGGGUGUCAAUGUUAGAUCUCUCCUCGCUUCUCUUGUGGACGUUUAGUGCUAUAAAUUUCCCUCUAGACACUGCUUUAAAUGUGUCCCAGAGAUUCUGGUACAUUGUGUGUUCAUUCUCAUUGGUUUUGAAGAACAUCUUUAUUUCUGCCUUCAUUUUUUAUCCAGAGGUCAUUCAGGAGGAGAUUGUUCACUUUCCAUGUAGUUGCACAGUUUUAAGUGAGUCUCUUAAUUCUAAGUUCUAAUUUGAUUGCAGUGUGGUCUGAGAUAAUGUUAUGAUUUCUGUUCUUUUGCAUUUGCUGUGGAGUGUUUUACUUUUAAUUAUGUGGUCGAUUUUAGAAUAAGGAUGAGGUGGUGCUGAGAAGACUGUAUAUUCUAUGGAUUUGGGGUGGAGUGUUCUGUAGAUGUCUGUUAGGCACUUGGUCCAGAUCUGAGUUCAAGUCCUGGAUAUCCUUGUUAAUCUCCUGUCUUGUUGACCUGUCUAAUAUUGACAGUGGCAUGUUAAAUUUUCCCACCAUUAUUGUGUGAGAGUCUAGGUCUCUUUUUAAGCCAUUAAGAACUUGCUUUACACAUCUGGGUGCUCCUGUAUUAGGUGCACAUAAAUUUAGGAUAGUUAGCUCUUCUUGUUGCAUUGAUCCCUUUACCAUUAUGUAAUGCCCUUCUUUGUCUCUUGAUCUUUGUGGGCUUAAAGUCUGUUUUAUCAGAAACUAGGACUGCAACCCCUGCUUUUUUCCUCUCCAUUUGCUUGGUAAAUAUUCCUUCAUCCCAUUAUUUUGAGCCUAUGUGUGCCUUCGCAUGUAAGACAUGCAAAGUUCACUGAAGUAGAACCGACAACCACCCCUUUUUCCAGGUGUUCUGUUCCAGGAAGGUGGGGCUUUAUUUAUAAGUCCCUGAUGGGCUGCUGCCUUGUUUCCUUUCUGCCAAGCAAGAAGGGAGUUUAGUUGACAGUCUGCCUGCAGAGGCAUUGCUGAGCUACUGUGGGCUCUGCCCAGUUGCUGUGUAAACUUCCUUGUGACUUUGUUUACACAGGCAAGGUUAAAACCGCCUAGGCAAACCUCAGCAAUGACGGACGCCCCUCCCCCAACAAGCUGUAAUGUCCCAAGUCGAGCUCAGACUGCUGUGCUGGCUGCAAGAAUUUCAAGCUAGUGGAUCUUAGCUUUCUGGUCUUCAUGUGGGUGGGACCCGCCCAGCCAGAUCACUUGGCUCCCUGGCUUCAGCCCCCUUUCUCAGGGGAAUGAGUGGUUCUAUCUCGAGGUGUUCUAGAUACCACUGGGGUAUGAAAAUAAAAUUGCUGUGGCUAAAAUGGCCGCCUAUUUUGUGCUGGAAACCCAGGGCACUGGUAUGGUAGGUACCAGAGGGAAUCUCCUGGUCUACAGGUUGUCAAGGCUGUGGGAAUAGCGCAGUAUCUGAGCCCGAGUGCCAGAGUGUCAGAAACAUCCCUAAUGGCGUCCCUUGGCUAGGAGAGGGAGUUAUCUGGUCCCUUGCACUUCUGGGGUGAGGUGACACCCCACCCUGCUUUGGUUUGCCCUCCUUGGGCUACACCCACUGUCUAACCAGUCCCAGUGAGAUGAACCUGGUACCUAGGUUGGAAUUGCGGAGAUCACUUGCCUUCUGGAUCACUCGCUGGGAACUGUGGACCAAAGCUGUUCCUAUUUGGCCAUCUUGGUGGAAGUCUCUUGUGAUGCAUUUCAUAUUUCCUGUCACCGUUAUUUCCAUUUUUCUUUUUCUAAAAGAGAUUUUUUUUAUUUGAUAAUUUUAGUUAUGGAAGUAAUAUAUAUUUGCUUUACUAAGUGAAGCAACUUGGUAUAAAAAUCAUAUGUAGGUAAAAUUAAUGAUCUAAAGUUCUUUCCAGCACAACUCCAUGAGACAGUCAGUGUUAACAGCCUUGUACACAUGUUUCCAAAACAUUCUUGCUCCAUCAAAUACCUGAGUUCAUUGUACACACACUGGUAUUCUAUUCUUAUUUGAACAGAAUAAUAUUUUUACUCAUGAUUUUGUAAUUUGCCUUUUCAGUUUAACAAUAGGUCAUGUACAUUCCUGCAAAUUAGUAGAUACAGAUCUAACCACAUCUCUUUUUUUUAAGUAUCAUAUAUGUGGAAAUAAUAUACAGGUUGAGUGUUCUUUGAGGUUCUUUUUCUGUUUUACUUUCUCUCUUGUCAUUUUACCUCUUAUCAUGCUUGGUAACCCAUGUGAAUUACUUGGUGUGUAUCCUUCUAUGUUUUCCUCUAUGCCCAGAUAACUAUAUGUGAACAUAUAAACAUAUAAGGGGUUCAGAACAUUUACUAACUUUUAUUAAAUGAUAUAUUAAACAUACUUUUCUGUAUCUUAGUUUCUUCAUUUAACAAAACUGCAUAGAAGCAUUUCCAACUCAACUGGUGUAGCUUGCAUUUAUUCUUUUAUGGCCACAUACUGUUCCAUGAUAUGGAACUCUCGUUAUUUAUGAAACUGUCACUUUUUAUUUUUUUAAUUUUUUGGCAUUAGGAAUAGUGGUCUAAUAAACAUAUUUGUACAUUCUUUUGUAUUGGUAUUUUUACUUUUAAAAAGUGUUAACAGUGUUUGGGAUCUCAUUAAAAUGUACCUUUAGCAAUAGCUAUUGCCAGAUUGCUUCUAAAAUUUUUGUUAACAGUUGCCACUAGCAGCUUGUGAGAGCGCCCCUUUCUUGACAUCUCUGUUAGUGGUAAGUGCUAAUCUUUAUGAUUUUUGCAUCUGGAUGGAAAUGUUGAGUUUGAGCAGCUUUCUGAUACAUUUGGUCUUUUUGUUCUUGACUUGGCUGGGAAUUUCCUAUUUAUUUUGUUUGCACAUUUUUCUACUGAGUUGCUUUUUUAUUAGUUUGGAGCUCUAGGCCAGGUGCAGUGGCUCACACCUGUAAUCCCAGCACUUUGGGAGGCCGAGGCAAGCAGAUCGCCUAAGGUCAGGAGUUUGAGACCAGCCUGGCCAACAUGGUGAAACCCCAUCUCUACUAAAAAUACAAAAAUGAGCUGGGCAUGGUGGUGGCAUGGUGGGCACCUGUAAUCCCAGCUACAUGGGAGGCUGAGACAGGAGAAUUUCUUGAAGCCAAGAGGUGGAGGUUGCAGUGAGCCAAGAAGGGACCAUUUCACUCUAGGCUGGGCAACAAGAGAGAUACUCUGUCUCAAAACAAAAUGUAUUUUAUUUAAAAAUGUUUAUUGCAAAUAUUUUUAAGCCUGUUAUUUGUCUUUAAACUUUGCUUGUGAUAGCUUUUGUUCUUGCAAAAUUUUUAAAUUUCCAUAUAGCCAAAUAUAUAUCUUUCAUAUUGUGUUUAUAUGUUUUGUGGGAUAAGAUCUUCAUGCAUUCCUCGGUUGUACACAUAGCCCCCUCCCUAGAUUUUCUUUUUAAGAGCCUAUUGGUUUAAUUUUGACAUCUAGCUUUUCUUUUUAUAUGUUUUAGCAAAGUUACUUUAUGUAAAUUUUGCAUAUGGGGCAAGUAAGAGGACCAAAUUAAUUUGUUCCAACUAGACAGCCGAGGGUGUCAGCACCAUUUAUUCGAGUUCCAAAAAAAAUAUUGAAGGGGGAGUUGAGGCUUCCCUUAUCAGACAUUAAAACAUACUAUAAGGGCUACUAUAGUAAAAUCAGUGUGAUAGACAAAUAUAUCAAUGAAACAGAAUGGAGACUCCAGAAAUAGAUCUCAGUAUAAGUAAAGUUUUAAGAUAUGAUAAUGCAGUAUUUAUAUUCUGUUGGUAAAAGAUAUAUCUACUUUUCAAAAAUUUCAGGGGAAAAAAGAAUUUGCAGAGUGUGUUCAUUUUUACUAACAAUGCAGAUAAAUAUUCAUGGCAUUUGAGAAUAAAUUCCACAGAAAAAUGCAGAAUCUUUGCUGAAGAAUUUCUCAGUGGCUCAUGUUGGGUGUAUUUCAGUGACUGACAAUGACAGUCAUUUCCUGGCCUCAUACCAUAAGUGCUGACAAGUUUGAGGGAAUAUCCCAGUGGGUCACUUCUUAAUUUCAAGGCACCAGAGAUGACACAGAUGGUGCAAGAUUAAUUACCUAAAAACAAAAUUGUGACCUUCCAUUAGUUUCUUCUGUCAUUAGUCUAUGCACCCGGGGCAUUUCUUGACUGAAUGCUGCUGGGCAGAAUUAGGAGGGAGGGUGUGUUCCUGUAUUCAGGAAUGUACUCACAGUGGCCCCUAUGGGGAGUGGAUGUGGGCAGUGCUAAGAGGUUCUGAGGAGGAAGGUGGUGUUGUAGGAACAUUGUUGAAGUGAAGCUGUGAAGCGGAGGUAGGAUUUUAACAGGUGGAUUGGAAAAGGUGGCCUUCUAAGAAUGUGUGUGACAUAAGCACACACACACACGUGCAAUCAUUUGAAGUGGAUGUGUAAGGGGAGAGGGAGGAAUGAUCAGGUUAGGAGUGAUCAGCCCUACAUGAUCAGAGGUGGGGCAGGGGGGACUUAACGUAUAGGGCUGAGUUUGUUUUGAAAGGUCACUUCGAGGGGUGGUUGGAGUACAGUCCAUUCAGAAGUCUGUUCAUAACCAUGACCUCAUUUGGCCUGUGCUCUGUUGACUGUCCCCAGACAGUUACCAUUUACUGAGCAAUCCCAUGUGACACGGUUCAUUAGGCACUUCCCAUGGAAGAACCUGUGAAGUCAGCGAUAGAUCCUGGUCUUAUAGGUAAGAAAACUGAGUUACGAUUUUCCCAGGGUUAUGUUAAUUGGCAGAGCUGCUAGUCAGAGUCUGUUUUGAUAGGAUCUAAAGACUUUGCCCAUUCUACCCUAUGAUGCCAUCUUUUGCCCACAUGUUACAUCUGUGCUCAUGCCACCUGCCCACAGUCACACCAGCCUGGCAUUGCACAGUUUCUGUGAAGUUUUGCAUAACGCAGCUUGCAUUAUGGUUAAUGCAACCCAUGCAUAAUUGAACUGACUUUAAAAAAUAAAAUAUAAAUACAAACUAAAAGCAGAUUUAUAAGUAUAUAGAGGCAGCUUUUGUGUGGCACAGCAUUUAAGGAAAGCCUUUAUCUUGUUGUCAGCAUACUGCCACAUUAGCCAGAACCAGCCAGAUGGGAAUGUGGUGGCCCACUUAGGUCCUCUUUAAUUGCUCACUAUAAAUAGCUUAAUGAUGCCACCAUAAAAAGCCUCUGAUAUAAGUGAGGGGCUCAGUGUGACCCAUAUAUGUGAUGUUUUUCUAGGUGUCUGUGUCUGGGAAAUUGGAUGGCUGUGUCUGAGAUGGUUUUCACUGCUGAAAUGAAAGCUUCAUUUCUAAGCCAAUCCUUUCUUACUUCCCCUUCCUUUGGAUGCCGUUGUUUCCCUCAUUCCUUUCUGCCAUCAUCUGUGGGGAGGUCAAGCUUGACACUUUAUCCCUCUCACAUGCCAGAGAGAAUGCCAUCACCCACUCGACCUGGCAGCAGGGAGAAGAGCCUGCCUGAACCAGUCCUGAUCUAGAGGGGCCCUGCAGGCCUUCAUGGCAUGCCCCUUUCUGCUUGGACCAUCAUGGGCACUUUAGCCACCUUGCUCUGCUCCAGAUAAGGAUGAAUUUUCUUUUUUAAAACAUUUCCAUGAGUUUUUGGGACACAGGUAAUAUUUCGUUGCCUGCGUAAGUGUUUUAGUGGUUAUUUGUGAGAUUUUGGUGCAUCCAUCACCCAAGCAGUAUACAUGGCACCAUAUUUAUAGUCUUUUAUCUCUCGCCCCCCUCUCAUUUUCUCCCCAAAGUCCAUUGUAUCAUUCUUAUGCCUUUGUGUCCUCAUAGCUUGGCUCCCACAUAUCAGUGAGAACAUAUGAUGUUUGGUUUUUCAUUCCUGAGUUACUUCACUUAGAAUAAUAGUCUUCGAUCUCAUAGACAUGGAUGAAUUUUCUUGAUUCAGUCACAAGGUCAUUUCUUCCAUGGUUGUCACUAGCCUUUGUCAGUCCCCGCCCUCCCCCUCACUCCUGUCCCCAGCAACAGGUAGGAAUCUCCCUUAAGGUUCUCGCCUGCCACAGGUUGUAGAUCAGUAUAGUGGUAGCAACCCAGUGCUCCUUCUGGUGGCUCACCUUCGGUUGGCUUCCCCGCUUUGUGUGAAACAUCCUAUCUAUACUUGGUUGGUUUCUUCCCCAAAGCCUCUAUCUUCAAAAAGAAUAGAAUCUAGUAGCAUUGGAGAAAUGAGAGUUCAGGAUGGUUGCACUGAAAGCAGAGGGGUCUAGUGGGUAAAAAUUAUAUAGAAUAAAGACCCAAACUUCAGGAAAGUGUGUGUACCUGGAAGAAACAAACAAACAAACAAACAAAAAACACCAAUAAAAAAACACUGUAGCUUGGAGGAUUAAAAGGAGAGAGAGGGAGUGAGGGAACAUGGGAGGCAGUCCUGGGGAGGCUGGAUGGAUGAGCUGGUGGGAAGGAAGUGUGAUGGGGACAGAAGGAAGAAGCCUGCCCCUAGAGGUGGGUGAGCUUGUGGGAAGGAAGUGUGGGAGGGGGACAGAAGGAAGAAGGCUGCCCCUAGAGAUGGGUGAGCUGGUGGGAAGGAAGUGUGGCAGGACAGAGGGAAGAAGGCUGCCCCUAGAAAUGGAUGAGCUGUAGGAAGGGUGGGGGAACAGAAGGAAGAAGGCUUCCCUAGAGAUGGAUGGGCUUGUGGGAAGGAAGUGUGGCAGAGUCAGAGGGAAGAAGGCUGCCCUAGAGAUGGAUGAGCUUGUGGGAAGGAAGUGUGGGAAGGGGGACAGAAGAAAGAAGGCUGCCCUAGAGUUGGGUGAGCUGGUGGGAAGGAAGUGUGGGAGGGGGGACAGAAGGA